GAUGUGCUGCAGACGUGCAGUCAACAUUUUCCACUUCAUUUUUUCACUCUCCGAUUAUUUUCUUUGAAACGUCUGAUUUUAAAAGUUACUGGCAAACUCAGAUUACCAUUCCUGUAUUUUGGAUUUCCUGCCUCUUUGAGUCAUGUCAAGCCGUUCCUCUGUUCCUGCACAGCCUUCCGAAUGGCGAAGCACGCUUCCAGGAAUGGUGAUCUUCUGCAACAUAUUCUGGCUAGUGGGGAGAUGAGCGAUGUACAGUUCGCCGUCGGACGUAAGCAUGGUCCAGUGCAGAUCUUCUCUGCGCACAAGUUUGUACUCUCGCUGACCAGUGAUGUCUUCUACACCAUGUUCAAUGGAGGUCUGGCUGAAAGCGGUGACAGCCCGAUCAGUAUCCCGGAGAUCCUGCCCGACGCAUUCGCUAACAUGCUCAAAUUUCUGUACACGCGUUCACUGAAUGGAGAAUUAACAGAGGACAACGUCUUCCAGACGAUGUACUGUGCUGACAAGUACAAUCUGCCGUUGCUGCUGGAACUGUGCCUCAAGUUCGUCAACACCCACCUGAAGGCCGACAACUGUCUCAUGUUCCUGGAGAAGGCUAAACACUCGAUGCUGGAAUGCACGGCUGGUUUUGUGGACAACUGCUUGGUGUUCAUCGACGCACAUGGCUCCGCUGUUUUGCAGUCGGAGCAGUUCAGCGCUGUCGGACGAGAUAUCUUGGAGAUGGUUGUGCAGCGCAGUACGUUGUCUGCCGACGAAAAUAUCGUCUACACGGCCGUGGAGAAGUGGUCGGUAAACGCUUGUGUCCGGGAUAAUCUAGAGCCUUCGCCAACCAGCCGUCGUGAAAUGUUGGGACCGGCGCUGUUUCUUGUCCGCUUUCCUUUGCUGAGCGACGCGCAACUGGCCAAUGGACCGGUCAAAAGUGGUCUGCUGUUGGACUCCGAACUGCGGGAGAUUUACCGGUUUAAGCAUUCCGACACAAAACCAUCACUCCCCUUCCCGACGGAGUUUCGAAAAGGCUCCAUUCGGCGAACGGAAAGCUGCCCCACGGAACUGCGUUUCCAAGUGUUCGCGGACUUUGAUGGUACUGGAGCGUACUGGCAUCUUGGAAAGGUCGUGAAGAUGGCGGACGAUGGAGAGGAUUGCUUGGUUGUGCAGAAUGAGCCAACAGACCCCAAAAGGUGGAUUGCCGUAAGCCGGCUGGUCUGGGCUUCUGAUAUUCUGAAGAACGGGCAAAAGAUCAUGUGCUUGGAUAGGGAGGUCUCGUAUGUGGCUUGUCAAGGGUGCGCUGAACACAUUGUUGACUACGGGAACCGCAAUUACAUGCCACGUCCAUUUUACUACCUGGGCAUGAGUCGUGCCCAGAUGGCGGCCUGGAAAGCGUCCAUGGCCCAGUAGUUGCGUGCAGGCAGAGUAGUAGUUCAGUUUUUUUGCGCUCUUCCGAGCGCCUUUUCU